ACCAUCGGUGACUAUUCGGUGUUAUUACAAUACAAUAUUAUAAGCUAGCACGGAGGCUACUGAGGCUAGUAAAAUUAUAAACAGUUAUUACUUAAUACUUAUUAGUUAUUACUUGAAUAGAUUAAUUAAUAAACUAGUAUAAUAUUUAAUCUAUAUUACUUGUUACUUAUUAUUAUUAAAACCGUGUUAUGUUCUAUAGUCGAAUAACGUCUAACGAUAUUAUUUUUUUGUUAAUAUGGAGGGUUUUAAUUUAAAAAAUACUUUUUUCUCGUGUAUAACAAUUAUAGUAUUAAUAUUGUCUAUGCUAUUUUUCUAUGAGCCUGCUCAAAACUUACUGUGUAGCUUUGCAAUUUUUGAACGAUUCUUAAUCAACACCCCUAAAGUAUGUUCUCUUUUCGAUACAACUCGAUUAAGUCGGUAUAAUGGUGUUGAUGGAGGCAAAAUAUAUUUAUCCAUUCUUGGUAUUGUAUUUGAUGUGACAGAAGGUAGAAGAUUCUAUGGACCUGGUGGUUCGUAUAGUGGAUUUUCCGGUCGUGAUGCCAGUCGUUCAUUUAUUACUGGCUUAUUCGACGAAGAAAACCUAACUGAUCAUGUCAGUGAUAUGGAUCCAAAUGAUUUGAUAGGACUGGAUACUUGGAUUAAUACUUAUAAGAAAAAAUACAAAGAAAUUGGAAAAUUAAUUGGACGUUAUUAUGAUUCAUCUGGUAAAGAAACUGACUAUAAUAAAUUGGUGUUGGAAAAAAUAAAAUCAAGUAAAAUGGCUAAAGUAGCUAAGAAUGAAGAAAUGGUUCGAUAUCCGAGUUGUAAUAUAGAAUAUGUUCAAGAAAAUCAAAGAAGUAAAGUCUGGUGUACUAMAUUGAGUGGUGGUAUUAAAAGGAAUUGGAUUGGAGUACCUCGUAAAUUUCAAUCAUUGGAUGAAAAUGGAAAGUUGUCAGUACGCUGUGCAUGUGUACAACUAGAUACCCUMAGUAAAGCUGAACUAAUGCAUAUUAAUGAGUAUGAGGAUUGCGAUGCUAAUGCGACAACAUGUUAUAUCAAAGUCAGUUAACCUGACGUGUUCUACUAAUAUAUGUCUUUCCAUGUUAUUGUUAUACUAUAUUUCCUAAAAUGUUCAUUCUGUGAUAAAUUCUCAUAUAGUAUCAAAAUUGUUAACGCCAGUGAACAAUAGGAAAAGUUAAAUUAUAUUGUUGAAUCUUUUGUUAAGAAUAAGUUUAAUUAAGAGGGCACAACACCCGUAUUUGUUGUCUCAGUCUUACAAACGUGUUACAUAGCGAAUUUACACUCAKCAGUACACGUUUUACUCCAUUASCUUAAAAAUUAGAGUAAAUUGAMCUAUUAUGAAACUUGAUGGUAAGAACAUUAUCUCAAUUUUAACAUUACAAUAACUUAGUUUUUAACUAAGUUAUGAGCAUUUUUAAUWUACCAUAAUUAUAGGCGCAUAAUUCACUUAAAAACUGAAUAAACGUAAAAAUACUUCCAACAAAUCACAGAUAAUGUUCUUACCAUUAAGUUUCAUAAUUAGUCUAUUCACUCUAAUUUUUAAGCUAACGGAGUAAAACAUGAAUUGCAGAGCGUAAAUUCGCUAUAUUACACGUUUGUAAGACUGAGACAACAAAUACAGGUGUUGCGCCUACUUAUUGUGCCUAUGAACUAUACCAUGUACCAAUAAUAUUAUAAUGUUUACAAUUUUUAUA